AUGCUACCUCACCACCCUACCUGGCUCGUACCUUCGCUACCGCUUGACGUUGCUUUCGCCAUCGGCUGGGGUAAGCUCCCCACAGAACUAAAAGUCCAAAUACUGAGCUACAACUUGUCUUUUCCUGAAACGGUCGACCUGUACGAAAAGAAUGUUCUGCCAGCUCUCGACCAUCAUAUCCGCAUGUCCCCCGAGAUUGCCAGCCUCGCAGAGGAGAUAUUCUACUGCGAUAACACCUUCCGCAUGCGGCGCGACCCUCCAAGACCGUCAGGCCGCCCUACAUUUCCAAUCGCCAACGAGUUGGUCCGGAAGAUUAUCGUAGACGUUAACAUGGGUUCCUUUACCGACUGGGAAAAUUUGUCUUGGAUGUCCAAGGGGAACGCUGGACUUUCGAACUUACGAUACGUCAGCGUCGUGGUCAAUUGCCGUGGAGCCAGAUGGAGUCCUCUAAACGAUGAUACCAUCGCGCAGCUUCUUAAGUGGGUACAUGCCAGCUGUGACGAGUCUAUCGAAUUCAGAUGCAAAGGCGAAGUUACAUUCACCGGUAGGCUGUGGCAGAGCGGCAAUAUUCCCUCGAUUACCGACGGCAUUCAGAAGGUGGAGGCACUCGUGAGGAGUAAGGUGGCGUUUGAAGACGAUUCCAAGGACGAGGUUUGA